GUAAAAUCCCCCCCAUCACCUCUGUCGGCGGGCUUUUUUUUUUUUUUAUCAACACGCUACCUAUCUGAUAUACAAGAGCUCAAAAUCUAUAACCCCUCGAAGGCUUAUAUCGAGGGUCCGAAGUCUCAUUUUUCGAGUACUCGCCGUACCCCUAGAACAAACUUUUUCAUCUGCAUGGGUAGUUAAUGUUUCAGUCAACUGGAUAAAGAGAAUAUUAAAAAAUAUUAUUCGAAACUUUUGAUUUGUUGUUGUUGAUUUUGUAAUGAUCAAUUCUAUUUUGAAUGUUUUUAGACAAUUAUAAACGAAUAACGGAGCGUUCUGAAUCUGUUGUGUCAUCAAUCUCUACACCAUCAUUAUCUGAUCAUGAGCAAUCACCACCAUUGCAUACUAAAAAAAAUAUUGAAAAUUCAAUCGAAAAGAUGAAAAAUGCAGAACCAUUUAUCUUAUCUCGUAAUCUAAUGAAUUUGGAAACAUUCUCAACGCCACCAAUCACUCACAAAAUGAAUGGAAUCAAUAAUAAAAAUGAAUCAAAAAAAUCUCAUAGUGAUAAAAAUUUAUUAGAUUCCGAUGAUUCGUUAUCAUCAUCUGCAUCCUCUCAUUCAAACGCAUCAUCAUCAGAAGAUGAUCUUUCAUCUCCACGAAAUAGUCUAAGAAAUGAUCAACGACACAAAACAUCCGCAUUCACAAAACAGAAAAAAAAGAUUAAAACAACAAUUGAUCAUUAUUCAUCGUCUCCAUUGUCAUCGCCUCUCAUUGAUGUUAAAGAAGAUCAACCUGAAAUUAACAAGACAAAAAUAGGUAAUGUACAUUAGUGUAAGAGAUAUUCAAUUGUGUAGUAUAGAGAGAGAGAGAUUCAUUGGAUCUAUAAGAUUAAAUUUUAUUUUCUUAGAGUAUAUCAAAUCGUUUAUGUUAUAGGGAUACAAAUAAUAGCAAGAAGUCGCACAAAACAUGUUAGUCAUACAAAUAAAUUUGAAUUUUAGUAGAAUUAUUAUAAUAGAAAAAAGAAAAAUCCAAAUAAAAAAAUAAUAUCCUUGAAUUACAUAGAGAGAAGAAGAAAAAACAAAAUUUGCAUAUAUAAUUUCCUAAUAAAAAUAAUAUUAUUAUAUUUUUUUGUUUGUUGAAAAACGACACUUAAAAACUUCAGUGUAAAAAAAAAACACAGUAUAAAAUAUAAUUAUACCGUCUUUAUUUACAUCAUGAAAAUUGAUAUUAGUUUGUUGUUUUUAUGAUUAUCUUUUCAUUUCAACCACCUAUAUAUAAAAAAAUGUUUAUUCGAUUCUUAUACUAAUUUAAUAAUGAAAUAAACACUCCACAAAUUUAAUAUGUCUAAGAUUCACAUCAUUAAAUUCUCAACAAAAGAUAGUUUUAUAAUGCAUGUAAAAUUGAAAAGAGUGUUCUAAUAUAUUUUUGAGUCUCAACUGUAUGUGUUAGUAGAGUUAUAGAGUAUAUAUUUUUGAUAUUGAGUGUAGAAGUUUAUCAAUCAGAUUUCACAUUAACUUGAUAGUUUUUAUUCUGUUAGAAAAUAUGAGAAAUUGAAACUUUUAUCAAGUUUUUGUUAUUUUUUACAACUAUGAAUAAAAUGAAAGGUUUAUACUAGAGUCCUGACAAUUCAAAAUCAGAAUCGGGUUAAACAUGCAAAACUCUCGUUUAUACUGAAUUAAUGACAUUUAUUCGAUAUUAUUGUGUUGUUAGAUAUCUAUUAAGGGUAUCCCCCCCUCUUUUUUGCGGGUGGUCUCAUUUUGAGCUGAACACAGUCUAAUGUAUAGAAAAAUCUGGCGAUAAAAUGAGACCACUUCCAGCUCUCCGUAAUAUUCCUUGAAAAAGUUAUGGAGUUUUUGAAUUUUUCCUUCAAAGCCUAGAAAAUCUUAGUUUUUCAGUUUCGUAAAUUUUCCUCUCCUUUUCUACACAUUUAGAAAGUUUUCUUAUCAACAGCAUGAGAGAAGAAAGUGUGCUCUUCAAAAUGAAACGUCUCACAGAAUUUUCCAAUGAGUUUUUGUGAGAUAUAAGCAUCACCGCAAAUGCCUUGAAAAACCGAGCCCUGUGGUACAAUGUGUUCAUUUUUUCAUCAUCAGUCAUUUUUUCGAGGGGUCAUAAUGUGGCCUGAUGAAAACUGAAGUUUUCCAGAAAACCCAUAGAAGAACACGUCAGAAAAUUCUGGGCAAAAAUACAUCGAUUUUCUUUUUCGAUGUUCUAUCUCUGGUAUAAAUUAGAACCC